AUGUUCACUAAUUUCACCAAGCUAUGCAAAGGACUUGCUCUGGUGCUUGUCGUGGGACACCUCGUGGUUCAGUUCGUUCCCGCUACCGUCCCAUACCUUGCUCUGAUUCCGGCCAGGACUAUUCCUUUUGCCUGGAAUCUGAUAACAAGUGGUUAUUUCGAACUGUCAGUACAUGGGCUCGUCUUCAGCACCGUUUCUCUACUCUUUAUGGGAAAGUUCUUGGAACCUGUAUGGGGUUCAAAGGAGUUCCUUAAGUUCAUCUUUGUGGUGAACUUUCUUACGUAUCUCUGUGUUUUCGUCACAGCAAUUGCUUUAUACUACAUUACGAGGCUGGAAAUCUACCUAUAUAUGCCCUUUGCAGGUUUUCAUGGUGUCUCGGCAGGCCUCCUUGUCGGGAUAAAGCAGAUAAUACCUGACCAGGAGGUAUUGCUAUUAAAGAUAAAAGCAAAGUGGUUACCCUCUAUUAUGCUAGUUUUGUCAAUAGCCUCAAGCUUCUUCACACUGAAUUCAGCAGCAUAUCUUCCCACUUUGAUAUUUGGUACAUAUAUGGGCUGGUUAUACCUCAGAUACUUUCAGAGGAGGCCAGAAACAAAAAUCAGAGGUGAUCCAAGUGACGACUUUGCCUUCUCUACUUUCUUUCCUGAAUUUCUCAGACCAAUAAUUGACCCUAUAGCUUCAAUCUUUCAUCGAAUGCUUUGUGGACGAUCAAAUGUCACCAGCGAAGACCAUGACUAUUCUACCAGUGGUGCUCCAUUACCGGGUUCUGAUUCUGCUGAAGCUUCCAGGAGGAGAGAAAGAGGAGCAAGGGCACUAGAGGAGAGACUUGCAACGGAAAGAUUGGUUCUUCCAAAGAACAAAGAUGAGUCGCAGAGCGAUGCUUUGGAUAGCGUUUAA